AUGGACAAGUAUCAAGAUUUUAGAGGUGAUGAUCAAAUCAUGGAUCCAAGACAACAAGAAGGGUCUUACCAGGGAAAUGUUGGCCGUGAUUUCAAUGAUGAUCAAUUCAAUCCUAAUUACAACUCUCCAGGUAGUCUGGACAGAUCAGCCAUGGAUGAAGGCGGUUAUGGAGGCGCUGGUGAGGAAGGAGGUGUUGGUGGUAUCAAAGAUUAUGUGAAGGAGAAGAUUAAGAGUAAAGUUUUUGGUGAUCGAUACAAUGAAGGAAGAAGAGAUUUCGGUGAGGAUGAACAAGGUUAUAACGAAGGAGGUGGAAGAGAUGAAGACCUUUAA